AUGUCUAUCGUUCCUUACCUAUACGACGUAGAAAGACCAUUGCGCAUGAUGGAACGUGAUUUCUUCCGAUCGCCGUUGGAAUUGGUGCCACGUAGCUUCUUCAGUCCAAAAUUCGCCAAUCCAUGGGAAAAUGUGAUGCAGGAAUGGGACAAUAUAUUACGACCAAUGCAGCAGUUAUCACGAGCGAUGGAUCAACUUGCAUUAAACCAAAUUGAUCCGAAAAUAACAUCAGACGACGAGAAAUUUCAAGUUAAUGUGGAUGUGCAACAUUUCACCCCAGAGGAGAUCAGUGUCAAGGUUGUCGAAGGGAAUGUAAUCAUCGAAGGGAAGCAUGAAGAGAAACAAGAUCAACAUGGAUACGUUUCCAGACAGUUUGUGAGACGAUACGCGCUACCAAAAGGAUGUUUACCUGAUACCGUAAAAUCUACGUUGUCGUCGGAUGGCGUACUAACCGUUACAGCUCCAAAAGUUUUACCUUUGCCUUCAAUUGGAGAAAGAAUAGUGCCAAUAACUCCUACUGGACCCAUAAAGAAACAGCUGGGAUCACCCGAUAUCGAAAUUGAAAAACCUAAAAAAUUGUCUAAUUAA